GUUACGUGAAAUGUAAGUCUUGGCGAAAAUGCGCGGCAAACUGUAGCAAAAAGACGCGUCAUUCAUGAAUAUAAAAAAAAUCGACGGUUUGUCAGCAACUCUUUGUGGCUCUGCCUGACUCAUCAUGAUCACUUGUGACGUCAAGGAAAGAAUACUUUGCAAACGAAUUCAAGGUAAGACUGUAUGACUUGAUUUCCUAUGAAACCCUUCUUUGCUACGUGUUUUUCUUUUUAUUAGUUGGUUUUCGUCUGGUAUUUAAAUUAUAGAUUCACUCGUGAUUGACAGUUCGAAAACCGUUAACAGUAGGUGCGUGGUUUCACACUCUAAAGAAGGGAAGCUAGCCAGUGUCUCCCAUCUUGGCUUGACUCCACCGACUGUUCUGUGACUAUGGGAAAAAAAAAACGAGAAACAAUUCUAGACCACUCUAUCAAAACAAGAAAAGGAUGAGACUGGUCAUGGCUUUCAUCGAAAUUGAUGAAAACCAGUAGAGUUACUGAAGAAUACGCGAGGGCUCGGGGGUGCUCCCGAUAUGUAAGCCAUAUAGGUAUGUGGGGUGCCUUACUUGAAGUGUUUGUUUGCACAUAGAUCAGGAUAUUUUCAGUUAUAACUAUUUUUUAUCAUUGUUUUUAUUUAUUCUCUGACAAACCUGCGGAAACCCUUUACUCCUUGAGGAUGAGAGGGAACUCAGAAACCACAGAAAAAGUGAUCGUCUAAGUUCCUGGCUUAGCACCACUUAGCAGGGAGAAACUAAGUUUAAGCCACACUCUGGGUUUCUUUCAAAUUCCCCUACGAUUACCUCUGUCACUUUUCUUUUGGUUUGUCUCCAGGGGUUUUUCCCUUUUAGGUCAGACUUUUUCCCUUGCGUGUUUCUACCCCAAUUAUUGCGUUCUGUAUUGUCAUAAUGGCAUAUAGUUUAUUAUUGUUUUUUUCAAGUUGAUAAAAGACUGUUGUUUUCACCUGAGUUCAAGCCAUCAAGGACGUGCAAUGUUUCUAUUUUAGAUCUCGUUACAAAGGACUUCGGGUCAAGUAGGUCAAGUGGAGAAUUAGAAACUGAAAGGUCUGAAAGCGGUCCCCAGCAUACUCCGUACCGCUAUCUUGCGAAACCGAAACUUCAUGUUACAUGUAAAUCCCUGACAUCAUCGGGUCACAAGACGUGCACUAGCUCCGUAAAUCAUUUGGCUGCAAAGUUCUCCACGUAAAGUCUUUUGUUUUUGCGAGCUAUCAAAGCAUACUUCAGUCCAAAGACUUUCCGUUUUUUGAACCCUUUUCUAGAGCCAGCUGAAACUACUCGAGUGUCCUCGUGUAGGUGACACACUAUACACUGUACAAAACGCGUCUCAUGUGAUUGAAGUACACUAUGUCGAAGGUCCAAGUUCUCUUCUGCGCUUUGUCGUUGUUCGCGAUGACUUUGGUUGUUGGCAGCUCACAAGGGCCAAACAAGUGUGACAUUGCAGUCCAGGGACACAAACAUUGGAUGCUUGUCACCUGGACAGUCAACGUCGCAAUGCUCACCCGCGACCACUACAAGGAGAUAUGUUUUGGAAAAGUCUCCAAGAAAAUGCCAUUGAGUCUCCUGUGUUGGAGCAAAGCCACAAACGCAUUUGUCUUUCCGCCGCUCACUGAGUCAUUAUCCACCUGGCGUAAGAACAAUCUCAGGAAACCUCAAGCAAAGAAUUACCGCGAUGGCUUUUUCACCGUGUCGGUGGAGAUGAGCACGAGCGAUAGUUUUGGCUUACUGGUAUACUGGGAGAUAAACUGGGCCGGUGUCCACAACAGGGUGAUCGAUGAAAUGCUUUACUGUACCUACAGAGUCGAAAGCUUUGACUGCGGUAAGAGGCGACCUCUUUCCAGAAUAAUUGAAGGCACGAACGCAAACCCAGGUGCGUGGCCAUGGCAAGUGUCAUUAAAACAUCGAUAUAAAGCACAUCUGUGUGGAGGGUCGGUGAUUGGUCCGAGGUGGAUCCUCACAGCAGCUCACUGUUUCGAUCAUUUCAAUCUGACAGAUUUCACCAUUACUGCAGGUAAAAUUAAUCGCCUUUUUGCACCCAUAAAGUGUUCUUUUGCAAUCAAAAUGGUAGCGCCCACUUUGCCAUUUUAACAGUUUAAAGUUCCGGCUAAAUGAUAAAACAUUUUCAUUUAACAUCGUGCUCCGUUAACGGAAAAAAAAUUCGUUUGGUUAGCUAAAUUCUAGUCCAGUCAAACAUAAGUCACAUUUUGGUUCUAACGCAA